CCCGUGUGGCUUCCGGUUUUCACGAGCGGCCUGAUUGAAUAACAACAAAGGAAAGUGAAACGCAGGGUUGUGUGACUCACUGUAUCUACCUCGUUUAAAUAAGCAAUGCCUGCUUGUGACAUCUGCUGUGAAGAGUUUCUGUCGGAGGCCGACCUGAAGACGCACCUCCUCCUCAGUCAUCUGGAGAAUGAGAUGGCCUGCCCUCUCUGCUCACUGUCUGGGGUCUCGUACGACGAGCUGAGCUUCCACAUCAACACCACACACGUAGAAAACGACUGCCAGGUUAUGGACGCAACCGCGUCUGAUAGUAGCCAAAGAACCUCAAAUGACAGGACUCUGCAGAGUCCAACACACGAAAUCAAUUCUGUAAGGACAACGGAAAAUUGUAUGCGCGCGGUUUCUCAAGCGUCAACUCACUCACCUGGCCACUGUCAGGUUAACGGAAUGCCCGCUCCGAAUACAGGUGCCACUCUUUCUAAGGUGACGUCAUCUAAAGUGAACAGUUCACCACCUGCAGCAGCCACAGCAAGUGGUGCAUUCAAACCGGUCAGAACUACACAACCGCUCAGCAACUGUCUUGAGAAAAGCUGGGAGGGAGAACAUGAGCAUCGAAAAUCAAAGCAAAUGCGGUCGUCCUUGCCAAAUAAAGUGGGUCACUUUCCAUGUCCGAUGUGCAGUCUUGUCUUUAGCGACUGCUUUAUUCUGCAGGAGCAUGUCGAGUCGCAUCUACUUGACCAGGACAUGGCCGAAGGGGCUAAUUCUGGUGUUGGUACAUCAACUGUAGCAUGUUCUAGAGGCAACCUUAGAUUAGAUUCAACACGUUAUUUGUGUCCACUGUGUUCUCUGAGCUGUUCCGACAGCGGCUCGCUGCAGGAGCAUGUUGAUCUACACAUGGAAUAUGACUCAACCUCCACAGCAGGAAAUGCUGAUCUGAAUCUGGCCAGACGACUUCAGGAGGAGGAAGAACAUAAGUGGAAGGAGGCAGAGACGAAGCGGGAAUCUGAAGAGUUUAAAAAGCUCCAGAGGCAGUUUGGGCUCGAUCGCAGUGGUGGUUAUCGGAAGCAGAUGGAGAGGAAUAUGGAGAGGGCUGUUUCUCGAGGUCAAAUGGUUCCAGCAGAGUUCCACAGGAAGAAGGCAGAGAUGCGGGAGUCUCUGGCCUCUGGGAUGGAUGAUGGACGAAGCAAAACAUCAGGACUCAUGGCAGCUCUGUAUAGACACUACCAGAGGGAAGUCUCUGACUGUGCUCAUGUCUGGCUCUGUGCUGAGACCGAUCACUACUCCUCUUCAGAAGGGGACAAAGGAUGGGGAUGUGGCUACAGAAACUUCCAGAUGCAGCUUUCAUCACUACAUAAGAUGGAGCAGUAUAACCUUUUACCUGAGGCAGUUCCCAGCAUUCCAAGGGUGCAGGCCAUAAUCGAGGAAGCAUGGAGCCAAGGUGCAGAUCCUCAGGGCGCUUCACACUUCAACAAUCGGCUACAGGGGACACGGGCUUGGAUAGGAGCCACAGAAAUAUAUGCUGUUUUCACCUCCCAUAGUGUUAAAGCUCGAAUUGUUGAUUUUCACAAGCCCACUGGCCCGGGAGACACACAUCCCAGACUGUUCGAGUGGAUAAAAUUGUAUUUCUCGCACUCGUCCAGUAGGAGCGCAAGACUUCCACCUAGAAUCGUGCAGACGUCUUUACCACCUGUAUACCUCCAGCACCAAGGACACAGUCGUUCCAUAGUAGGAGUGGAACAGAAAGCGAAUGGCACCCUGUGUCUGCUGCUCUUUGAUCCGUCAUUUGCACCUGGGGAAAUGAGGCGAGUAUUGUCGCAGGACACAGCAGCCGCCAUGGUACGCCGCAUGCGCAAGUUCCCCGGUGCCCUCAAACACAGACAGUAUCAGGUGGUGGCUGUGGAGGGAGAACUAACAGCUGAAGAGAAACAGAGCCGCAUUCUUAAUUCAAGAACACUAUGUGCUGAGAAAAUUCCUUGAUGCCGUUGUGGUGAUCUGCCUGCACGCGUCUGUCAGUUGUAUCUUCUAGUCCCUGUUUACUUUUAUUUAAACUGUGAAUUCGUUUUUUGUACAAAUGUUCAUAAUAAACAAUGUUUUUAUCAAAGCUUUUUA